ACACUAAUUCUAUCAACUCACAAAGACCCAAAGUGCAAUUUAUCAAUUUCAAUCAACGCGAGUUUUUGAACCAUCGCGUCGUCCUCUUUGAUAUCUCCUUCCUCUUUCUUCAACAAAAUCCACCUCAAUUCUCUCCCAUCAAUAGAUAUUCGAAAUCAUCAUGGUGGAUAUCAGAAUCGAUAAGAAUUUAUUUCAGGAACGAUUGUCGCAUUUUAUAUCGGCUUGGAAAGCUGAUAAGAGAGGAGGCGACGCGGUUUUCAAUGGCGCAAAUAGUAUCCUGGUGUUGAUGGGGAAGACUGAGGAUGUGGCAAGCUUUCAGAAAAAUAAUGCGAUUCAUGUGAGUUUGAAUUAUCUGCGAGUAACUUCGCAAGGAAGUACAAUGGGUGGGGGUUUGAAUGCUGAUUAAGAGAUAGUUUUGGUUAUUAGGCUACGAGUUCCCCGCGACACUAUUCCUUUUCACAGUUGAUACUUUAUACAUUGUGACAACCGCGAAGAAAGGUGGGUGGAUAGUUAAAUCAUAUGCGCCAGAGCUUCGAAGCUAAUAUUGGUAUAGCGAAACAUCUGGAACCUCUGAAAGGUGGAAAGAUCCCUCUCGAGGUCUUGGUCAGAGGCAAAGAUGCGGCAGCCAACGAGAAGCUCUUCACAAAGAUUACAGAUGUCAUCAAGUCGUCGGGGGUGAGUUGCGAGCAUUGCUAUUCUCCUCAAUGGGAGUAGUCUGACAAAUAUUCAUUUACAGAAGAAAGUUGGAAUUUUACCAAAAGAUACAUCCAAUGGCCCUUUUAUCGACGAGUGGAAGAAAGCCUAUUCCGAGCUAAAGGAUGUGGAAGAAGUAGAUAUUGCGCCGGCUCUAUCUUCCGCAGCUUUGGCAGUGAAAGAUGAGAAUGAAUUAGUAAGGCACUAUAUUGAGGUUGAAGAACUAACUGAUGCUGAUACAUUUCUGCAGCGCGCUAUGCGAAAUUCCUCGAAAGCAUGUACUGCACUGAUGAACCCAUAUUUUGUCGAGGAAAUGUCAGGUAUUCUAGAUGAGGAGAAAAAGGUCAAGCAUAGUGCCCUGGCCAAUAAAGUGGAUGGCAAGUUGGACGACGCCAGAUUUUGGACUUCCGUCGAGCUUCCUAACAAACAAAAAAUGCCCAGCGACUUCGAUUCCUCACAAUUGGACUGGACACAUGGCCCUAUCAUACAGAGUGGUGGAAAGUACGACUUGAAGAUGAGUGCCCAAGUUGAUGAUGAGUUGUUACAUGCUGGUGUGAUCAUUUGUUCUAUGGGUCUCCGAUACAAGACUUACUGUUCCUUGAUUGGCCGAACUUACCUCGUCGACCCAAAUAAAUCUCAGGAGAGCAACUACAAGUUCCUAUUACAGGUUCACAAUCUUGUCAUGAAGGAAAUUCGCGAUGGUGCCCAUGUCAAGGAUAUUUACGCCAAGGCUUUAGCUCUCAUCAGAACGAAGAAGCCUGAGUUGGAGAAGCAUUUCUUAAAGAAUGUUGGAGCUGGUAUUGGUAUCGAAACACGAGACCCCACCCUACUUCUUAAUGCCAAGAGCAAUCGUAUCCUGAAGGACGGAAUGACCCUCUGCGUCACUACUGGGUUCAAUGACAUCGAGAACAAGGAUCCUCAAGAUAAAAAGAGCAAAAUUUACUCUUUAGUAUUAUCAGAUACUGUUCGUGUGACUCAAGCGGAACCAGUUAUUUUUACUGGCGAUGCACCCUCGGAACUUGAUGCUACAUCAUUCUUUUUCAAGGAUGAAGAAGAUGAGCCUGCGCCAGAGCCAAAAGUCAGCAAGGCAAAGAAGGAUUCGAGCGUUGGGGCUGUUGCAACCAAAAACAUUACCAAGACAAAACUUCGGGCUGAACGGACAACUCAGGUUGAUGAGGGUGCUGAAACCAGACGUCGUGAGCAUCAAAAAGAGCUCGCAAGGAGGAAACACCUAGAGGGUCUUAGGAGGUUCGCUGAAGCUACUGGUGAUCAAAAUGGUGUUGCCGUUAAGAAAUUCAAGAGAUUUGAAUCUUACAAGCGCGAGAAUCAAUUCCCUCCGAAGAUUCGAGAUCUCGCCAUUGUCAUGGACGCAAAGAACUCAACAAUUGUCUUGCCUAUUAUGGGCCGCCCAGUACCUUUCCACAUUCAAACUAUCAAGAAUGCAAGUAAGAGUGAUGAAGGUGAAUUCUCAUACCUUCGAAUUAACUUCUUGUCUCCUGGUCAAGGUGUUGGAAGAAAGGAUGAUCAACCUUUCGAGGAUGCCUCAGCGCACUUUGUUAGAAGUUUGACAUUCAGAUCUCAUGAUGGAGAUAGGUUUCAAGAAAUUGCAAAUCAAAUUGGUAACAUGAAGAAAGAUGCUGUUAAGCGUGAACAAGAGAAAAAGGAUAUGGAAGAUGUUGUUGAGCAGGACAAACUGGUUGAGAUCCGAAGUAAGUUUGCAACAUAGCACCUGUUUUAUUUCACUACUAACACAUACAGAUCGUCGACCAAUUGUUAUGGAUAAUGUCUUCAUUCGUCCCGCCAUGGAUGGUAAACGUGUACCAGGAAAGGUCGAAAUCCAUCAAAAUGGUCUUCGAUAUCAAUCCCCUCUAAAUCUUCAACACCGAGUCGACAUACUCUUCAGUAAUGUCAAACAUCUUUUCUUCCAACCUUGUGAUCAUGAAUUGAUUGUUAUCAUUCAUGUACAUCUUAAGGAUCCAAUUUUGAUUGGCAAGAAAAAGACCAAGGAUGUUCAAUUCUAUCGCGAAGCUACUGACAUCCAGUUUGAUGAGACUGGAAAUCGAAAGCGAAAGUAUAGAUAUGGUGAUGAGGAAGAAUUUGAAGCAGAACAAGAAGAACGAAGACGUCGCGCUGAUCUCGAUCGUCAAUUCAAAGCAUUUGCGGAAAAGAUCGCCGACGCUGGUAAGAAUGAGAACGUUGAUGUUGACGUACCUUUCCGUGAACUUGGUUUCAAUGGUGUACCAUUUAGAUCAAGCGUUUUCUGUCAACCCUCCACAGAUUGUUUGGUUCAACUCACCGAACCACCUUUCAUGGUCAUCACUCUUGAGGAUAUUGAAAUCGCUCAUCUUGAACGUGUUCAAUUCGGACUUAAGAACUUUGAUAUGGUAUUCGUCUUCAAGGAUUUCCAUCGUGCUCCUUACCAUAUCAACACUAUUCCUGUGGAAUCACUCGAAAAUGUUAAGGAAUGGUUAGAUUCUGUUAAUAUUCCAUUUUCCGAAGGACCUCUUAACUUGAAUUGGCCAACCAUUAUGAAGACGGUAACAGCAGAUCCACAUGGAUUUUUUGGCGAUGGUGGAUGGGGUUUCUUGGCAACCGAAUCUGAUGAUGAAGGUGGCGAUGAAGAAGAUGAGGAGUCGGCAUUCGAGAUGAGUGAUAGCGAAAUGGCGGCAAGUGAGGAGAGCUCGGAAGAAGAUAGCGAUUUCGAUAGUAAUGCAAGUGAUGACGAAGGAGAAGAGGAUAGUGAGGGAGAAAGUGAAGGUGAAGAUUGGGAUGAAUUGGAGAAGAAGGCUAAGCGAAAGGAUAUGGAAAGUGGAUUGGAGGAUGAAGAAGAAGCGCCAAAGAAAAAGAGAAAGCAUUAAGCGAGUAACUUUUAAGCAGACUAUCGGAUGCAAAAAGGGGUAGGCACUAGGGAAAUAGAGGAAAAUUGUGAUAGCGAACGGGUAAUGGGGCUGGUAUGAUCUGCAUAGCAGGUAUUGGAGGAGGGAUGAGAUGAAUAUGAGAUUUCGGAUUCCCCAUUGUAAUUUUUAUCUUUUAUCUUUUGCUAUCAUAUGGCGUUUGGGAAUGAAUGAGAGAAAAUUUUAUUGAUGAGAAUGAGAAUGAGGAUGAGGAUGAGGAUGAGGAUGAGGAAUGGUCUCGGGAGGUUUAAAAAUAAAUAAAACAUCUUUCUUAUGAAAGAUGUCUUUUUAAGAUGUGGUGAAAAACAAUUGUAAGUACAAGAUUAAAGAUGUAGUGAACGGCACCACCAGGGAGAAAAGUAACUAGGAGGUUAAAUUUAUAAUUUUUUAUAUCUUAUUACUCUUAUG